AUGGCGCAUAUUUCCGAUUCAGAACAUCACAAGCGGAAACGACAUGAAGACGACAAUGGCGGCAAGCCUCACACCGAGCGUAUCCCUCAGCCCCCGCCGCCACAAUCAGGCAAUCAGGCACCAAUCAACUAUCUUGCCAGGGUCAACGCCGGAAAGCUCAAGCUCAUACAAGGCGACACGGAGACAUUCACUGAUGUGCUCACCCUCAUCAAUGAAUAUGAAGGCGUCUUGAGCCGCCAUGAAAGCUUCGCCUCAAACCUAGGCGCGAAGCUCAUGGGGCCGCGCUUGCUCAAAGCUAUGGAGGGAAUCUUCGAUGGCCCCAUCGUGACUAUUCCCACGCAGACCUCAAUCAGUCUGGAUCCCAUCACCUGGGUCGAUAUUGUGGAGUUUUCGAAAGCAAGACCGGCAGAAUUCAACCUUACAACGAACCCCAACGGGAGUCGAUGCUGUCAAUUUUUUUUAAAGGGCGUGCAGGUGGAGAUCUCUGAAGAUGAUUGGCGAGUCAUCGUCUCCGGAACACUGGACAGAAAUCGUCUGAUUCCGCCGCAGCCACUUGAGGAGGACGAAACGGCAGAGUUCGCAACACUUGAAAUCUUGGAACAACGCUUGAAAGUAUUGAUCAAGAAGGCCGAUGAGGUGGCGGGCAAGGCACGGCAACUCAACUACCACCUCAGCGGGCGUAAAGCUGCCAUCGGCAGUCGCAGGUCGACGCAGCAUGGCACAGGAUCCACAUCAUCUGGUUUUCAGGCAGUUAACCAAGCUGGGCCCCCCUCUGGCCCCAAUCACCACGGCUACGACUUGCAUGCGGAUCUACUCCAGCAGUUCGUCACACACAAUCCAUCGAACCGCCUGCCAUCUGUCGGCUCCGUCCCACCUACUCCGGGGACCAUCGCCACUGCCACGUCCACACCCAGGACUUCGAUCCAACAGCAAGUCUUGACUUCCGUGAGUAACCGCCCGUCGCCCGGCGCUUAUCCCUCAGAGAUUGGUCCCAAAGACCCGGACGACGAACAACGAGCCCUCGUCACGGCUAGGGUCGACAAGCUGGCACGAGGAGACGAAAUUGUACCUCCAUGCGACAGGUGCCGGAGGCUCAAGACGCCCUGCAUAAAACAUCUCACAGCCUGCCAAGGGUGUACCAAAAAACAUGCUAGGUGCAGCUGGAAAGCACUUACUGACGAGGAGGUCGCAUGGUUGAGACACGAGUCAGGGGACGGCAGCGGAGUUGGCGGUGGCGCUGGAGAAGAUACCGGGGAUGAGCACCGGGAGCGCAGAUAUGGCAGCCAGUCGGCGCCCAGCUCGCAGCAGGACCCGAACGAGCCCAGGCGUCUCUCAGACCGAAGCGACGACCCUGGCCCCAGCAGAUCCGUGUCGCGAAUCGCCAUAGGCCGAAGUGCUGAUGACAUAUGGAGGAUGGGCACGAGCUCGAGCAGCCGGCGGGACUCAAUGGACGUUGAUGUUGACCCCAGGGAUACGCACGGCCUACGCCCGACUGGUCGUGUCGAGUUGCACGCGACAGCCCGGGAGCUGCAUGGCCACGGGCCCUCUGGUACGACGCCCUCGGGUCGCGAGAGCAGCAUCACAUCUCCGCGUGGCGGGGGAAGGAGUGGGCCCUAG